AUGGCGAGCGGCGGCGGCGCGGACGGCGCGGACGGCGCGGACCGCGACGAGGAGGCCCCCCGCGGGCCCGCGAGCCUCGAGGGGUCGGAGGGCGACGAGUCGGAGGAGGAGUCGGAGGAGGAGGAGGAGCCGGACGCCAGUUUAUCAGACCAAGAUGAAGAGGGCAAGACCAAGCAGAAGUGUAUUAUAUCUGACCCCUCGUUUUCCAUGGUGACGGUUCAACGGGAAGAUAGUGGAAUAACGUGGGAGACCAAUUCAAGCAGGUCUUCUACUCCUUGGGCCUCAGAAGAGAGUCAAACUUCGGGUGUGUGUAGUCUGGAGGGGUCAACUCUGAAUUCCCCUCCAGGAAAUGUUUCCUUUAUAGUGGAUGAAGUUAAAAAGGUUCGGAAAAGAGCACCCAAGUCAAAGCGUGGCUCACCAUCACUGCGUCGGAAAAGCAACAAAAAAAGAAAUUCUCUUGAAUCUCAAGAUGUUCCAGCAAACACAAAAGAUAAUUCUUUAAUUUCAGAAAGCCAGGUACUAAAGACCCAGAAAGAGAAGUCAUCUACUGGCAUUUAUGAUAAAAUGAGAAAAAAGAAGACCACCUCAAGUACACCUCCUAUUACCGGGGCAAUAUACAAAGAACACAAGCCCUUAGUGUUAAGGCCAGUCUACAUAGGAACAGUACAAUAUAAAAUUAAGAUGUUUAACUCAGUUAAAGAAGAAUUAAUUCCUCUACAAUUUUAUGGAACAUUACCAAAGGGUUAUGUAAUUAAAGAAAUUCAUUAUAGGAAGGGGAAAGAUGCAUCCAUUAGUCUAGAGCCAGAUAUGAGCAAUCUUGAUUCUAAUAUAGUUUCCCCAACAGGCAAAUUAGUAGCCCAAAGCAUAGAAGAUGAUAAAGUAAAAGAGCUUGCUUCACCCUGGAAAGCUGCACUCUCUAAAGGAUCAGAGUCCUUGACCUCCAUAUUCAGUCAUGAAGAUAAAAAGAAAAUUUACGUUGAUUCUCCCCUAAAGGCCACAUCUGUCACCAAGCACACAGUUUCUUCUCAUGCAAGUAAUGACACAGCAGAACAAGAAGUACAGCUCAGCCCUCCUCAGUCAGUGCCACAACAGCCAGGCAAUGAAGCAAAACUCCUUGAAAUGGAGCCUUCCUCUCCUAUACCUGAUACAUCUACAACUGGGUUCCUGGAAACAGCAAAGGAAGAAUUUGAGCCUGAUUUACAAGAAAUUGUGACUUCAGAGCAUGACUUUUCAAUCUUACCACCUUUAGUGGAUGAGGUAAAGAAGGAAGAUGUUUAUUCUGCUGACCAUUCUAUUUCACUGGAAGCAGAAAAGGAUUCUCUGGAAACAGGUGCACUAGGCUUGGCAGCAUCCAUCCAGGAAGAUUUUGGCAUAGAGACAGAAGACCUGACUUCACCAGAAAGGGCAGAAGCAGUCUCUGAACAACAAACCCCUCCUCAUCUGGAUGUCAAAGGAAUGCAGAAAGAAAACAUUCCUGAGCCACCCAUUUCUCUUUCUGAACCUCCAGUGUUAGAGGAACCAAGGAGAGAAGAAGUAGAAACUUCUCUACCAAUAGCUGCUACCCCUGAACCUGAAGAUUCUAAUUUAGUGGAAGAGGAGAUCAUAGAACUUGAAUACCCAGAGAGUCCAUCUAUUUCUGAGAAGCCCUUCCCACCAUAUUUGGCCCCUGAAGUGGAGCAGAAAGAAGAGAAGAUCUUUUUACCAUCACUGAAAACAUCAAUACCUGAACAUGUCGCUUCAUCUGAGGAAGAAAGAGAGGAAAAUGAGUCUGUUUCUACUGAUUCUGCUUUUGUAUCAGAAUAUUCAGUCCCACAGGAUUUGAACCAUGAGCUGGAGAGGCAAGAAGUAGAGUCAGUUUCUCCAUCCACUGUAAAAGGUGUAUCAGAACAUGCAACUUUUUCAGAAGAGGAGAAUGAGGAAUUUGAGACUUUAGCCUCUGUGUCUGAACGCUCUCUCUCACCAUCCACAACUGAGCAGACCUUUGAAUGCCAGGCCCCACUAUUUUCAACUGCUACAUUAGAACAGGGGGUCCUGUCAGAAGUAGAGGACCUAGGAAGUGAGCAUUUCAUACCAGACUCAGCAUCGACUUUCCAAAAUGCAGUUCCACCAAGUGCAGUACAGGAACCCUCUAAGAAAAUAAUUGAUGAUGUGUCCCCAUUAAAAUCAAAGGGUAUUUCUGAGCACAUGAUUUUGUCAGAAGAAAAGAAGGAAGACACCGGAUUAUAUUCCCCAGAUGUGGCCUCUGUCUCUGAACACUUCCUCCCACCAUCCACAACUGAGCAGACUUCUGAAUGCCAGGCCCCACUAUUUUCAACUGCUACAUUAGAACAGGGGGUCCUGUCAGAAGUAGAGGACCUAGGAAGUAAGCACUUCACACCAGAUUCAACAUCGACUUUCCAAAAUGCAGUUCCACCAAGUGCAGUACAGGAACCCUCUAAGAAAAUAAUUGAUGAUGUGUCCCCAUUAAAAUCAAAAGGUAUUUCUGAGCACAUGAUUUUGUCAGAAGAAAAGAAGGAAGACACCGGAUUAUAUUCCCCAGAUGUGGCCUCUGUCUCUGAACACUCCCUCCCACCAUCCACAACUGAGCAGACUUCUGAAUGCCAGGCCCUGCCAUUUGCAGCCACUUCAUCUGAACAUGUGGUCCUAUCAGAAGAGACAGUAGAAAUGGAGUACACACCCUCUUCCACCUCAACUUCUGAAUUUUCAGUACCACCAUAUGCAACACCGGAAUCACAGGAAGAAGAAAUUGUCCACAGAUCCCCUUUAAAUCUAAAAGGUGCCUCUUCACCCACGAAUUUCUCAGAAGAAGAGCAAGAAGACAUUGGACCUUUUUCUCCAGACUCGGCAUUUGUGUCAGAAUUCUCAUUUUCACCCUAUGCAACUCAGGAAGCAGAGAAAAGAGAAUUUGAGUGUGAUUCUCCAAUAUGUUUAACAUCACCAUCUGAGCACACUAUUUUAUCAGAUGAAGACACUGAGGAAAUUGAACUUUUUUCACCAGACUCAGCAUCACAAGUUUCAAUCCCACCAUAUAGGAUCCCAGAAACAAAGAAAAAUGAAUCUGAGCAUGAUUCUCUGGUAACUGAAAUAUCUGCUUCCGGAUAUUUUUGUUCUUCAGAAGCAGAUGAGGAAGACAUUGUGCUGACGGCUGCCACACCCGUGCCUGAGCACCUGAGUUCAUCACAGAAGCAACAAGACAAACCUUCCCCUUCAAUGUCUGCACCUGAAGACUUGAGACCUUCCACAAAUAAAAGGGAGAUCACGGGAGUUCAGCCAGAUGCUCAAACAACCUCAACAUCUGUAUCUGAAUAUCUCAUUUGGACACAGCAGCAGGUGACGCGAGCAUUCUCAGAAUCUGAGUCUGAAGACUCGAUUUCACCAUAUUUAACCAGUGAAACGGAGAAGGGAGAAAUUCAGACCAGCUCGUCAGUAGUUGCAACACCUGUUUCUUUACCUGCACAAUCAUUACCAGUAAAGGAAGACACCAAGCCUGUUUUGCAUUCUGCUCAAUAUUCAGUUUCACCUGAUUCAGUUCAUGCACUUCCUAAGGAACAAGAAGCCAAAGCAUCGCUCACUCCGAAAGCUGCAAAUGAACAGAUGGCUUUGUUAAAAGUUAAAAGUAAGGAAGAAAUUGUGCCUGAUUCUCAAGAAGCUACAGCACAUAUAUCACGGGAUCAAGAAAUGGAGCCUCAGCCUCCAAAUGUUCUAGGGUCUGGAAUGAAAUAUUCAGUUCUGCCUGACUCGGUAGAUGAGCCAAAGAAGGAUGUAAAACCCAAUUUAGCUCCAAAUGUGACAUCUGAACUAGAACCGAGGAUGUUGUCAGAGAAUGAGCCUGAAGUAAUAAAACCAUAUUCACCUCUAAAGGACACAUCUUUGUCUGGACCUGAGAUUUUAUCAGCUGUAAAAAUGCAAGCGAAACACGACCCUAAAAUAGCUGAUACAUCUAGAGCAUUGCAUUCAACUCCACCAAGAGUGCAAGAGGAAACGGAACCUGGACCGCCUGCACCAGAAUUUUCAGAAGAAAGAAAGGAAGAAAUUGAACCCAGUUGUUCAAUAACUACAACCUCUGUAACUCAGCAUGAUUCAAGCUUAACCAAGUUAGCAAGAGAAGAAACCCCAACAGAUUUAUCUUUUACCAUGCCUAUAGAACAUCCAGUCGUAACAGAAGUAGAAAAGAGUGAAUUAGGAAGUGGUUUGCCACCACUGGUGACAUCUAUAGAUGAGGAUUCACUUUUUAAAGAAGAAAAGAAGGUAGCAAGGAAAACUACUUCUCCCACUGAAACUGCUGCAUCCGAACGUCCAGCUUGGUCAGAAGCAGAGAAAGAAAUUAAAUUUGAUUCACUUACAAGAAUAUCCUCUCUACCAGAGCAUUCUUUGUCCAACGUAGAAACUGAGGAAGUUAAACCUGGGUUGCCAAUAACCAAAGCAUUGUCUUCUCAGCGUUCAGAUGUAUCAAAGGAUGAGAGGGUAGAAAAUGAACAAGGUCUUUCAUUUGCAACAGUCCUCAACUCUGAGCAACUGGUUUUAUCACAGAAAAAGAAUUCUGUGUCUGCUUCAGAGGUGUCAGGUCCUGAACAUGUGCUUUUGCUCAACAAAGGUGGUGAGGUGAAGAAAAAAGAAAUUGAACUUCCUUCCUCACAAAACAUGUCACCUGUACCCAAACAUACAGUUCUAAAAGACAAAAAUGAGGAAAUGGAAAGUUCUUCUCCUGAGCUGGAAAAUUUAGUGUCAGCAGACUUAACUUCAACCCCCAGAGAUGAUAAGAACAGACAGACAGUGGAGCCAUCUUCCACAGCUCAGGGAGAUUUCCUGUCAGAAAAACAAGAUCUUUCUCUGGCAGAGCUUUCUUUGGAACUUGAAAAGAAAGACAGGCCACACCAAGUAUCAGAAUUACCAAGCGCUGAGUCAGAAUUCACUUGUAGUUUAGGUGGGCAAGAUGGAUCCAUAGAUACAAAACAAAUAAAAUCUCCCAUAACUGAAACAGAGGAUUCUGUCUUAGAAAAGGGCUUCGCUGAGUUUGGGGGCAGAGGAGAAGGAAAAGAAGAAAACAGGGAACAUCAUGUGCCAGCUACAGUCGACCCCAAAAUUUCAGAGGUUUUAUCAUGCCUAGAGGAGGAGCCUCAGAUUCAAGAAGUUAAAUAUUUCUCCCCCAAGGUAGUCAGCUUGGGGUCAAAAGAAGCAUUGACCCCUCUAGUUGAAGGAGACAGCUUCAAAGAACUUCAGCCACACACUUUUUCUUUAAAAGGAUUAUCAGAGAAGUUGAACCAUUUGGCUGACAUUAAAAGUGGAGAAAAGCAAGAAAUAAGCCCAUUACUGUCAACAGGAAUUCCGAAGACACAAGUGAUAGGAGACGCUGAAAUGAAACCAAGUGAAGAAAGAGACCAACCGAAUUUAUUCCGUGUGCCCCAGAGUAUAAUAGAACCAUCAGAGGUAGUUUCUUCUGACCUCCUUGAGGAACAACAGAAGCCCGGAAAAGCACUUCAUUCAGAUCAAGCUGUUAAAUUACCUGAUGUAAGCAUGUCUUUUGCAGAUAAACAAGAUCUAGGUGUUAAACAGCUCGAGGCUGCUCUGCUGGAUAAAGACCAUACAUGUGAGACUGGAAAGCAGCCUCUGCCACAUUCUGAAGAAAUUCCUUUAUCAUUACAAGAGCCAGUAUCUACACUCAGUGUCACUAGUGGUGACAUGGAGGCCUUAUCAACUAAAAUGUACUCUUCUGAAGAAAUAAAGUUGGCCCCCAAACCAAAAUCUUUAGUUCCAAUUGGAAAUGUAGAGAUAAAUGAAGCAGAGGGGAAGCAGAUUUUCUCUUUUAUCAGAAGUGAAAGUAUGAUACUGGAGAAAGUAAACACAGAAUCUUCCAGGCCUUGCAAAGAAGUCAGCCAGGAAGAAAUCAAACUACCUUCUGAAAGAAUCUUCCAGAAGCCAGCAUCCGGCCCAUCAAUGGAAGAAAUCAAAUCAGAAACUAUUCCUUCUUCCGCCAAAGCAGCCCAUUUCCUAGCAGAAGAUGCAGAACUUGCCUCAGGCAAUGAAAAAGAAGCACACAGAAGUAUAUCUCCUUUACCUGGAGAGAAGCCAUUAGAAGAAGCAAAAAUGAUUCAGUCAAAGGCUGUAGAUGAUGUUAAUGAAAGUGGGAAGCCAGCAUCCGAAGUGAAAAUACCCACACCAAUAAAACCCCUCUCCUCAAUCCAAGACAGUGAAGAACCUCAGCCCACAGAGCCACCUGAGGUGACACAAAAGUUGCCUGAGCAGCCAAAGGCAGUUGAGCCAGUCCUUUCCGAGGAGAAGGGAAAGAAAGGAAUUUUAUCUUUCACAUCAUGGAUGUCCAGUUUGUUCUUUGGAUCAAGCACUUCAGAUAAGAAAGUUGCUGAAAAAGAUUUAGAAACUCAGCCAAGUCCAUCUGUAGACAAAGCAGUGCCUAUGGCAGAGUCUGAAGGAGCAGCUCCAGCUGACUUUAAUGCAACCAAGAAACCAGCUGAUCAUCUGUUACCAGAGGCAAAACUUAAACCUGCUGAAAAAUCCAGAGGUACUUUAGUUAAAUCUGGUGAAGGCCGAGACUCUGAAGAAAAACCCACAUUUUUAUCAAAUGUGGAAGUUUUACAACAGCCAAAAUCCAUCUUUGAGGUGUCUAGUGAAGAUUAUGGGAAAAAAGAAAUCCGAGACUAUUCAGAGGAAAUGGACCUAAACUUGGUAGCUGCUUCUGGUGAUGGUGAGGAACAUCAUGAAAUUCAAUCUUACUCUCCCAUGGGUGAGAAAUCCAAUGCGGACGAAGUGCAAAAUGCUGUUCCUCUUCACAUUACUGAUAGUAAAAAAGCUCAGAAGCCAGAAAUUUCUGCUCCAUCUAAAUGGAAUAUUUCUAUUCUUAGGGAAGAGCCAAGAAGUGAUCAAAAAGAAAAAUUACUCUUUUCAUUUGAUGCAGUAGAUAAGGUGCCACAACAGCCAAAAUCAGCCUCAUCUAGCUUCACAAGUAAAAAUAUCACGAAGGAAUCAGAGAAGCCAGAGACAAUAAUUUUGCCAGUAGAAGAAUCUAAAUGCAGUUUAAUUGAUCUGGGUGAAGACAGGCUGAAGAAAGAAAUGCUAAAACCUACUUCCUUGAAAAUUUCUGAAGAGGAAACAAAACUCAGGUCUGUUAGCCCAACUGAGGAGAAAGGUGACUUGGAAACCAGAUCAUAUUCCUUGGCAGAAAGGAAGGUACUGGCAGAAAAGCAAGAAACUGUGGUCCCAUUAGAAUUUAGAGACAAUAAAAUAGGGAAGGCACAGAUUGCACAUGGGUCCAGCCCUAUUAAAUUGGAAGAAUCAAAAGCUGCAGCCGUGCUGCAGCAAGUCUCUCAGAAUGAAGACCACAAAGAAAGAUACACAAUAAUGAAGCAGGAGAAAGAAGAAAAACAAAAGCUGUCACAAGUAUUUUCAGAAGGAAAGCAGCAGCAGGAAAUUCAGCCUUAUUCUGUGAAUGUAGUUAGGUCUGUGCCUGAAGAAUCCAAUAUCUCCUUAUGUCCUUCUUUGGAUGAAACUCAGCCAUUUUCAUUAGUUAAAACUGUAUCAGUUACUGAAAAAUCAGGAACAGUGCUCUUAGAGGCUCACCCGGAGAUCAGGGAAACAAGGGCAGUAGGAACUCAACCACAUUCAAGAGAAGAAAGUAAAGUUUUGGUGGAGAAAACUAAGACUUUCCUUCCAGUGGAUCUUCCUUAUCCUGAUGAAAGAGAUAGCCACUCUUUACCUCAGGAAGGAAAUCUGACACUGGAAAAGUCAAGCAGGGAUACGGCAAGUCACAAUGAAGAAAAGGGCCAGGACACAGUGGCAGAGCCAUCAGAAGGUAGUUCAAUAGAUAUUACAAAAGAAAGUAUGAAACAAGGAUCUCCAUCUAAAGAGUCUGAAAGGAUUUUAGAUCAUCCUUUUGAUGAAACAAAGAGCUUAGAAACCCCACCAUAUUUGUUGUCAUCUGUGAAAUCACAAACACUUGUUUCAGGAACUUCCCCAGAAAUUAGUACAGUGAAGAAACAAGAAAUGUCACUGUCAGAAUUGACUCCAGAGGGGCAUACAGUCCAUACUCUUCAAACAUCUAAAGAUCUAACAUCUGAAAUGUUUAAACAAUCGGUUCUUGUUUCAAAGCACCACAUGGAGGCUGAGGAAAACGCCCAUGUAAGUGAACCAGGCUCUUCAGCAAGCAGCAACUAUGCUCAAUUUAUAAAGAAUGCAUCAGCAAUCAAUGCUGGUAGAAUGGCUCCUCCUAGAGAAAUAUCCGAGAAGCCUGGAGACACGUAUGCAAAAGAUGAAGACUUUGCAGUGACUAGUAAGCCAGCAGGACUUUCAGAAGAUCAAAAGAGUGCUUUCAGUAUUAUUUCUGAAGGCUGCGAAAUAUUGAAUAUUCAUGCCUCUGCAUUUAUUUCUUCAGUUGAUCAGGAAGAAAGUGAACAAAUGCAAGAUAAGUUAGAAUAUUUGGAAGAGAAGGCUUCCUUUAAAACUGUAUCCCUUCAUGACCGUAGUGAGGCAGUUUCUUGCCAUAAAUCAUUAAAGACUACGUUAGAAGAUUCUGAUCAAGUUACAUCACUGCAAGAAGAUAAACAAAAGGAAUCUCUUACCCUGAAAGGGGAGAUACCCACAGAUUCAGAAACUGAUGAUUUCACCCUUAAUCAGCCCACAGUUCCCAGUGAAGAAGAUUAUUUUGAAAAAUACACAUUGAUUGAUUAUAACAUCUCCCCAGACCCAGAAAAACAAAAAGCUCCAUGGAAAUCAAAUGUUGAAGUGGAACUCCCAAAGGCAGUUACGGAAGAGACUGUCUCUUUCCCAGAAAGUUCAGAGGAAAGUGCCCUGGAACAUGAAUAUGACUUGGUGAAAUUAGAUGAAAGCUUCUAUGGGAUGGAAAAGGACUACAGCAAGUUAUCUCACCCAGAGACCCAGAAGCCUUUGGAUACCCGGCAAUCAGCUGACAAAGAUGCUGCAAAGAGCAUAAAUAGAGAUGUGGACUUAAAGUCACCUGGAAUGCCUUUAUUUGGUGCAGAAGAAGGAGUUUUGUCACGAACCCAGAUAUUUCCUACCACCACUAAAGCCAUUAAUCCAGAACUUCUGGAGGAGCCACCUGCACUUGCAUUUUUUUACGAGGACCUAUAUGAACAAGCAGUUGGAGAGAAAAACAAGGAAGAGGAGACAGCUUCUGAAGGUGACAGUGUGAAAUCUGAGGCAUCAUUUCCAAGCAGGAAUUCUGACACUGAUGAUGGAACAGGAAUAUAUUUUGAGAAGUACAUACUCAAAGAUGACAUUCUCCAUGACACAUCUGUAACUCAAAAGGACCAAGGCCAAGGUCUGGAAGAAAAAACAUUUGGUAAGGAUGAUUCAUACCAAUCAAUAGCUGUAGAAGGGGACAUUUGGGGGAGGUCUGGAACUAUUUUGGGGGAGAAGAGUCUGGAAGAGAAACAGAAAGCUACUUAUGGGGAAGGAGAAUCAGUAGGCCUUUUGGAGACCCUUGACAAUGAAGCUCUGCAAGGGAAAACUCCCAUCAGUGAGGAAGUCACAGUGGUUACCCAGAUGGUAAGCUAUGCAGUUCCAUUUGAAGACACCCAUCAUGUCCUGGAGAGAGCAGGUGAAACAAGUAGUCAGAAUAAUGAAGCAGCAAGUGCAAGUCCAGAAGUCAAUCUGAAUGUCCCAGUGCAAGUGUCCUUCCCAGAGGAAGAAUUUGCAUCAGGCAUAACUUGUGUUCAAGAAACACUGCAAGAAGAACCUAAAAUAAUGGUCCCACCGGAGCCAAGUGAAGACAGACUUCACAGCAGCCCUGUUCAGGAUGAGUAUGAAUUUGCAGAAUCCCCGAAUUAUGAAAUGGUUGCACAAGACACUUUAUCAGAGGAACUGUAUUCAGAACCCACGCCUGAAGAUGUGUUAUCUCAAGGAAAGGAGUCCUUUGAACACGUCAGCGAAAAUGAAUUUGUGAGUGAGGUGGAACAAAGUAUGUCUGCUGAACAGAAGGAGUUGGUUAGAGAGAAGACAGAACAAGAACAAUUAUCCUCAGAGUUAGCAACUGAGAAGGAACAAAAGGAACUGAAAAAGUCCCAGAUUGACACAUACUGUUACACUUGCAAAAGCCCAAUUUCUGCAGUUGACCAGAUGUUUGGCAUGCACAAAGACCAUGAGGUUGCAACACUUGAUACAGCUAUAAGUGCUGUAAAGGUCCAAUUAGCAGAAUUUCUUGAUAAUUUACAAGAAAAGUCAUUGAGGAUUGAAGCCUUUGUUAGUCAGAUAGAAUCUUUUUUUAACACCAUCGAGGAGAACUGUAGUAAAAAUGAGAAAAGGCUAGAAGAACAGAAUGAGGAGAUGAUGAAGAAGGUUUUAGCACAGUAUGAUGAGAAGGCCCAGAGCUUUGAGGAAGUGAAGAAAAAGAAGAUGGAGUUCUUACAUGACCAGAUGGUCCACUUUCUACAGAGCAUGGACACGGCCAAAGACACGUUGGAGAGCAUUGUGAGAGAAGCAGAGGAGCUUGAUGAGACUGUUUUCCUGACGUCGUUUGAGGAAAUCAAUGAAAGGUUGCUUUCUGCAAUGGAGAGCACUGCUUCUUUAGAGAAAAUGCCUGCUGCGUUUUCACUUUUUGAACAUUAUGAUGACAGCUCAGCAAGAAGUGACCAGAUGUUAAAGCAAGUGGCUGUUCCACAGCCUCCUAGAUUAGAACCUCAGGAACCAAAUUCUGCCACUGGUACAACAAUUGCAGUUUAUUGGAGCAUGAACAAGGAAGAUGUCAUUGACUCCUUCCAGGUUUACUGCAUGGAGGAGCCACAAGACGACCAAGAAGUAAACGACUUGGUGGAAGAAUACAGAUUGACAGUGAAAGAAAGCUACUGCAUUUUUGAAGAUCUGGAACCUGACCGAUGCUAUCAAGUGUGGGUAAUGGCUGUGAACUUCACCGGAUGUAGCCUUCCCAGUGAAAGGGCAAUUUUUAGAACAGCACCUUCCACCCCUGUAAUCCACGCAGAGGACUGUACAGUGUGUUGGAACACGGCCACCAUCCGAUGGCGCCCUGCCAACCCAGAGGCCACUGAAACCUACACUCUGGAGUACUGCAGACAGCACUCUCCAGAGGGCGAGGGCCUCAGAUCCUUCUCUGGAAUUAAAGGACUUCAGCUGAAAGUUAACCUCCAACCCAAUGACAAUUACUUUUUCUACGUGAAAGCCAUCAAUGCAUUUGGGGCGAGCGAGCAGAGUGAAGCGGCCCUCAUUUCCACCAGAGGAACCCGAUUUCUUCUGUUGAGAGAAACGGCUCAUCCUGCCCUGCAGAUUUCCUCAAAUGGGACAGUGAUCAGCUUCACUGAGAGGAGACGGCUGACAGAAAUCCCAUCAGUGUUGGGCGAGGAGCUGCCUGCCUGUGGCCAGCAUUACUGGGAAACCACAGUCACAGACUGCCCGGCUUACCGACUUGGCAUCUGCUCCCACUCGGCUGUGCAGGCUGCUACCCUGGGACAAGGGGAGACUUCGUGGUACAUGCACUGCUCUGAGCCACAGAGAUACACGUUCUUCUACAGCGGCAUCGUGAGCGAUGUUCACGUGACUGAGCGUCCCACCAGGGUGGGCAUUCUGCUGGACUACAACAACCAGAGGCUUCUCUUCAUUAAUGCUGAGAGUGGGCAGCUGCUCUUCAUCAUCAGGCACAAGUUUAAUGAGGGUGUUCACCCUGCCUUUGCCCUGGAGAAACCUGGCAAAUGUACUUUGCACCUGGGGAUGGAGCCCCCAGAUUCUGCAAGGCACAAGUGAUCACUGGCUUUCAGAGUUCGCAAGGGCAAUAAUUCACAUUUUGGGGGUCUAUUGUUCUUUCCCUUGGGUGCUAUGUAUUAUUCAAAACGUCUCCCACACAUUCGCGCUAAUGAUAGCUACACACACAGCGAUCAGCACGUGAACAAAACCACCAAGGAAGCCUUGACUUUCUAGGUAGCUUGUGAGUCAAGAGGAUGGAAAAACAACCUUCACCCUUUGCUUCCUAUAAGUUUGAGUUCUUCCCUAAAUUAAAAGGAUUUAUUCCCGAGUUGGGAACCACAACAGAGAAGGGCUCGUCCACCUGUUUUAUUGGCAAAAGAAAUCCUCGGAGGGACAGGUCUGAGCAAAGGGGAGGUUGUGUUCAUCAUCCGUCUCUGAUGAGAAACAUGUGCUUUUAGCAGAAGAGAGAUGUCACCUCACUCCACUAAAGUAUCAUGUUUUCGAAUCAUUAGAGAAGGUGUUUUAAUUGCUCUAAGUUGAUAACAAACUCUUUUGUAAUAAUAUGUACCGUAGGACAUGAGUCUCUUUUCCCUGAAAUUUUAGAUGUAGACAAGUGCUAGGCAUUAGAAAUUUCCAUUUUGUUAAAUAAAUGCUUAGAUCCCAUAAAACAAA